AUGGGAGUCACUACUGCUGAGUAUGCUCUACUCUUUUCUGUUUCUGCCUGGUCUAGUACAUUUUUGGGCAUAGUUGGAGGUGUACUAAUAGACAAGUUAGUGGGAUUGAGACUGGGACUACUCAUUGUUGUCAGUUCUAUACUAAUGGGUCAGAUUGUAUGGAGUCUAGGAGGAAUAUUUAAUAAUUAUUUCAUAAUGCUGGCUGGACGCUUCUUUAUUGGAAUCGGUAAUGACUUAGUCUUAGUAAUCGAUAAUGCUUUUAAAGCAAUUUGGUUCAAAGAGGACCUAUCACUAGCUAUUGCAAUUGAUAUUGGAUUUGGUAGAAUAGGAGGAACAUUAGCUAUACUUCUUCCUCAGUUAAUAUAUGACAGUCUCUCAGUAUUUGAUAGUCCUACUUUUAGACUGGGUGUCUCACUACUCACUGCUGCUGGAUUCAUGAUAAUUGGACUAAUAUUCACUAUAAUAAUAUUUCUUAUGGACUAUUUUAAAGAAAAAUCAACCAUUAAAUCGUCAAAUCCUGCACCAACACAUGUUUGUGGCAUUACAAAAAUUUUUACGCAUUUUCCCCCGUCAUUCUGGUUGGCUGUUGGUGUCUAUGUCACCUAUGUUCCUACCAUAUAUUCUUUUGUUGGAAUCGGACAGGGUUUCUUUAUACAAAAGUAUGGCCUUUCAAUGCAAAUGGCUAACUUAGCCAAUAGCCUUUUGUAUGGGAGUGGAGUCAUACUCAUACCAUUUGUUGGAUUCCUAAUGAAUAGAACUGGCUUUCAUUUGUAUUGGCUGCUAACAGCUCUCAUUACAACUACUCUACCACCGUACUUCAUUUUUAUGUUCAGUAAAGGAGAGAGCUACAUUCCACUCAUAGCAGGACCAUUCUAUUCUCUUUCAUAUACUCUUUGUGGGCCAUCCUUUGUGGUACUGAUUCCUCUCAUAAUAGACAAAAAAUAUCUGGCUACAGCAUACGGGAUUCAAAACAGUUCUUUUAAUGCUACCUACUCACUGCUAACAUACAUUACUGGUCUGAUAAUUGAUACUGUUGGUUACUUUGUCUUGCAAGGUUUCUUUAUGCACAUUAUUAUUCUGUGCAUUGAUUUUACACUGAUCAUGGUCUUUCUUGAUGCUGCUUCUGAUAAUCCAAAACUUAAUAUACCAGCAUUGUGGCUACGUAACAUCAAAGACAGAAAAUAA